CCACGGAGCCACGCAACCGGCGGAAGCUUUAUCGCUUGUCUCAUAGAAGUAAAUAUUGUUUCGCUUGUUUGUUUACAUCUUCCUUGUAUAGGAUUUCUUCAGCAUUGCUCGCUCAUCUCUCGCAUCAGGGACCUUCAGCCACUUGGUAAGCUUAGUCUUGGCGAGACAAAAGAUCCUUUUCCACACCUUCCGGCUUCAUCCCAGUCUAUGUUCCAUACUAGGAAGCCACAGAAGGAAGCAAGUGCUCAUACAGCUGUCAAAUAUCGGUCUGUUAUCAGGAACUAUUACUCAAUGAUCAAAGAAUCUGCAAGGUGCCCCGCGGCAAACUUUAUUAGAGAACUGAUAACAGCAUCCUGCAGUAGUGGGAUGCAGCUAUCUUCAUGUCAAUAGCGGGGAGCUGUCUGGGCAUAAUACGGACGAAAGCUCCCCUUCCCUCUUUCUCACCUUUCCGUCUCUCAUUCCUCCGUUUCCCUGCUCUGGUAUACACAGGAUGAUUUGUCGAGGGGUACUGGUCGCCGUUGGCGUUGCCUUCAAUACCAUUGGAAGCUCUGCCAGUAGGCAUCUGUACAAUACCAGUCAGAUACUCGAGACACAAACUCUAGAGUCACCAUAUCCAUACGAGUUUCCUGUCCUUCAAGAUGGGGCCAAUGCGAACAGCGGGCAGUUUCCGAUGCCAAAGUGCAAUGGCAUCACGCUCGAGGAAGCCACUAUAGACCAGUUACAGGAAGCGCUCUCGAAAGGAAGAUUGUCGUCUGUCCAGAUAGUUAUGUGCUAUAUACAGAGGAUAUGGCAGACAGACGAAUACAUCAGGUCGGUAAUGGAACUCAAUCCCGAUGUCCUCGAAAUUGCAGCUUCACUCGACCUGGAACGGAAGAAUGGCCAUGUUCGUGGUUCACUUCACGGAAUCCCGUUCUUGGUGAAAGACAACAUAGCUACAAAAGAUAAGAUGGAGACGACAGCAGGAUCAUGGAUGUUACUCGGUUCUGUGGUCCCAAGAGAUGCACAUGUGGUGCGACGAUUGAGAGAAUCGGGUGCUGUAUUGAUGGGCCAUGCAACGCUCAGCGAGUGGGCAGAUAUGCGGACAAAUGCAUACUCUGAAGGAUAUUCUGCGAGAGGUGGGCAAGCUCGGUCGCCUUACAACCUGACUACGAAUCCAGGAGGAAGCAGUUCUGGAAGCGGAGCUGCUGUUGCUGCCAAUAUUGGGAUGUUUGCGCUUGGUACUGAAACAGAUGGUUCUGUGAUUAGUCCAGCUGAGCGUAACGCGUUGGUCGGAAUCAAGCCUACUGUUGGCUUAACAUCUCGAGCUGGCGUCAUUCCCGAAUCUCACAACCAGGACACAGUGGGAUGCCUUGCCAGAACCGUUCGAGAUGCAACUUACUGUCUCGAUGGAAUCUACGGCCAAGAUCCUCAUGACAACUACACCCUCACUCAACAGGCACCGCCUGGCGGCUAUACGCAAUUCCUGACCUCCAAAUUUUCUCUCAAAGGCGCAGUCUUCGGUCUCCCCUGGCUCACAUUCUGGCAAUAUUCUUCUCCGGAACAGCAAAGCACUCUUCUCUCCCUAAUCUCCCUCAUCGAAUCUCUCGGCGCCACCAUAAUAAACGGCACCGAACUCCCCUCCCGCGAAAAGAUCAUCAACCCUGAAGGCUGGGACUGGGACUUUGGCACCACUCGUGGCUACCCAAACGAAUCCGAGUACACCGUCGUGAAAGUCGAUUUCUACAACGACAUCCGCGCAUACCUCGCUGAACUCAAUAAUACCGAUAUCCGCUCCCUGGAAGACAUUAUGCAAUACAACAUCGACAACGUCGGCACCGAAGGCGGUCUCCCCAGCGUCCAUCCCGCAUUCGCAGGAGGUCAAGAUGGUUUCAACGCCUCCCUUCAAAGCGGCGGUAUAAUGGACGAAACAUACUGGCAAGCCCUCUCCUUCAUACACCGCGCCACGCGCGAAGACGGCAUCGACGCCGCGUUAUUCAACUCCGGCAAUCCAGUCGAUGUGCUUCUCGUGCCUAGCGAUCUCGGACAGGUUACGAAUGUAGCUGCUCAGGCGGGAUAUCCGCUGAUCACGCUUCCCGCUGGAAUUAAUAGCGGGACGGGUAUGCCGUUUGGGUUGGGGCUAAUGGGGACAGCCUGGAGUGAGGGCGUGAUGUUGAGGUGGGCGAGUGCGAUUGAGGAUGCGCAGUUUAGUGAGGGAACGGAGUUGAAGAGGACGUUGCCGAAGUGGUUGGAUUACAGGGCAAGGAAUGUGCCUGUCAAUAAUGUUUAGUGUAAUGAUUAUGUAAGUAGAAAAGUAGGUAUUUAGGGCAAUACCUUUCAAAGUGAAUAUCAAACGUGCCA